CCAACCAUAUCUGCAAAGACAGAAAAAGCAACGACAAAAACUGCAACAACGACAAGAGUUACCAUUACAAGUGAUAAAAUAACGAAAGAUUACACCACCACUCUGAUUACUACUUUAGCAGUGUCUCUCGGGGUACUCGGAGGGAAUGCCUGGGAAGCCUUUUGAAGUUAACAUGGAGGAGAGUGUUUACAACAGUUAUAAAGUAAUUGCAGUGUUUUCCAAAAACUUGAUGCUCAGUAAUUACUGCAUCCAUGAAUUGGACCUUGCUAAGUAUCACCUUCUUAAAGAAAGAGACGACAGCCUGGUCGUGAUGAGAAUUGAUAAAACGGAUUGUGAGAUGCUCUCUCGGGGAUUGAAGAAACGAAGUUUCAUAGACUAUGCCAAUCCCUUGGAAAAACCUUUCUGGAAAAGCAAACACGUUAAGUUUCUGGACACCUCUAAUGAUCUUGAUGAAGAAUGUAUGACAUAAGACAAAGACAAUGAUAUGUUUCCAAACGAUUUUAUCGAAGAAAAUCAUCAGAAAAGAAUUGCUUACGAAAGAACAAUCAGUACCGCUACCGAAGUAUCUGUUAUUUCAGAGACAGAGGGAACCUCUGUUUAAGAAUGUGAUCUAGAUUUAUAGUCGUGUUAAUAGCUAUACAAGUUAUUGUGUUCUGGAAAAAGGUUUCAUGUUACCAGCGAUCAAAGAGAUCUUCAGGGCUUAAUAAGCUCGUCUAGUAUUAUGGCGUUCUAAAGUACAGCCGCUGUCGAUAUGUUCCCUCUGAAGUUUAGUCAAGUUUCGCACUUCUUUAUACUUUUUUAACAGGGAUGGGGAGGGGGAGGAAUUUUUUUUUUUAAUGGGAAAAAUUUUCUGAGAAAAACACCUUACUUCUUAUCGCGCUCCUGGAGAGCCCGAAGGAUUUUAAAAGG